UUUAGUGGUGUUGGCAUUUGAUAAAUAAAAUGGUUUAAUUUUGAAUAAAAAAAAACCCGUUUAUUAUAAUAAUAAUAAUGCUAUUCAUCUUACGUGUAAAAAUACUAAUCGACAUUUUAUAUCUGCAUGCCGUUUUAGGUUGAUAUCUAAAGUCUAGAGAAUCUACGAAGGAAAUAGUUAACUUUGUGUUUUUGUUGCAUUAUACGUGUAAUAAUUGCGGGUUAUUAAUCCAUUAGCGUCUACGAAUGUCCAUAAAUGUGACACGGCUCCUCGGACUCUUCUAGUUUUGCAGCGAAAGCAAAACUUUACUAUUUUCUUAUCAAAGUCCAAUUCUACCGAAGAUCAAUCAAAUUUUUCUAUUCCGUUUCGUAUUGUAUCCGUUCAACAAUUAUUAAACAAAUUGUGUAAAUAGUAAUUAUGUAGAUUUUAUGAACUAGAUAGUGGCAACAAUGUCAUUUGAAAAAGCUGAUUGCCAUACUGAAAAAAUAAGAAGGGAAGUGCCUGACAAUUGAAUUGAAAUUCAUCAUUGUUCAUUAUUUAUAAUCAUUUACUUAAGCCAGCAGCCACUGGUUAGGAAAUUUACCAAUUGCCUGUUAUCUUUUUCAAGGAAACAAAUUAACUGCGUUAUAAUUUCGUUAUCUGUUAUUUAAAAAAUACUGUAAAAUCAUUGUUAAAAAUCCUUGGCUUACAAACAUGGACAACUUGAAAAACGGAGACAAUGUUCUUAUUAUUUGGAAGAACGACAGUCAAGGAAACAUUACGAGCCUAAUAGAAGACGUAAAAAAAGUAAUUCAAAGUGAUACUGUGGUUCUGGAAAACUCCGACAUGAUCACUGAAGGUUCCCGUGAGCAUUCAUCAUUUGAUGUUGUUCUCUCAAACUGGUUACCUCCCCACAGUGUCUCACAUUCUGAUAAACUAUUGGCAAUAAUCAUUAAAUUACUCAAACCAAAUGGUAAACUUAUACUCAAAGAUCUCAACAAAUUGACCAGUACACUUAAAUUAAAUGGUUUUGUAAAUGUCACUGAAUUGGAGAAUAACAGAUAUGUUGCGGAGAAACCAAAGUUUGAGGUUGGUUCAAAGUCAUCUCUGAAAUUAAAUGGAAAAGCCACAGUCUGGAAGUUGGACAGCACAGUUGAGGAAGCUUGGGCCAGCACUAACAACGAUGAUAUUAUUGAUGAGAACGAACUAUUGGAUGAAAAUGACCUUAAAAAGCCAGAUAAAGAAGCUUUGAGUGUUUGUGCAACAACAGGCAAGAGAAAAGCGUGCGUGGACUGCACCUGUGGCCUCGCCGAGGAACUAAGGGGCGAGACAAAAGAAACUCCAAAAUCGUCGUGUGGAAGUUGUUACUUGGGCGAUGCGUUCCGAUGCGCGACCUGCCCGUACCUCGGCAUGCCAGCCUUCAAGCCCGGCGAGAAAGUGAUGUUAGAUCUCAAGGCCGAUAUAUGAAAAACCGCUUAGAUUUAUUCCAGUCCACUGUAUUAGUAUUUUACUUGUUGUGAAUGCCUUUACUAAAUAAAAGUUUUUGUAAGAUA